AUGAUAUGGGAACGAGUGCUUUUGGUCGCAGUUUUUUCAUUGUUUGUUGAAGUAAACAGUGAACAUCUGAUCCACGAUGAUGAGCACAAAAUACAGCUGCUUCAGCAUCUGACAGAUACGGAAAAGGUGUUUCUACUUGGUGCUAAUCAUAUCAAUGCAGAAUUCGAGAUAGCACAUAUAAGAAGACCAAAACGUCGCAAAAGAUCACUGCUGCAUGAAAACGAGGACCUAGUUCAUUUAAAAAAGCAUCUCAACAUCAAACUAAGUCCCAAAAAUAGUUUUCUAGAUCCACAGUUUCUUUUGCUGAAGCGAUGGUCAAACGGCACGGAAGCUGUAUUAGAUCAGCAUGCCCAUAAAGAGUUAGACUUAUGUUAUUUUAGGAGUGACCACGCUGCUUUGUAUGUGUGUGAGGAUGUGAGAGGAGUUGUCAAGUCAAACGAUAGUUACUAUUUUAUACAUCCACUGCCGGAGAGAUUCCACAACGAAGAUUUAAAACCGCAUAUCAUAGUCAAAAAAACUAUUUUUGACCUUAAUAAUAAUACAAAUAGCAUAAAGGAGGAAAAUAUUUGUAAUGAGAAACGUAAUCUCACAUUUUUUGAAAGUCCCGAACAAGUCAAGACUUGGAAUAAACAUAGAAGAAAACGGGAAAUAGUAGCAGAUACAAAUAUAAAUGAAAGUAGCUUAGGUCAAUUUAAAUUAAAUUUAGCUCACAGAAAUAAAACUAUCCAGGAUUUUGUGGGUAAAUUAGUAAUAGGAGAAAAUAGACAGAAAAGAGCUGUUUUACCAGCAAUUUUUGUGGAAACAGCUGUAUUCGUAGAUAGAGAUUUAUACAAACACAUGACAAUCAACUUUCCAAAGGACACCGAGAGGGAGUUAGUCAGAUUUGUACUAGCUAUGAUUAAUGCAGUACAGUUGCUCUACCACGAUCCAAGUUUGGGAAGACCAGUGAACUUUAUUUUGAAGAGAUUAGAAAUCCUCCACGAAGACCCAGUGAAUUUAAAGAGACCACAUGAUAUAGAUAGGUUCUUGAGUAAUUUUUGUACAUGGCAGCGAUUAGAGAAUCCACCAGGAGAUAACGAUCCCUUACAUUGGGACCAUGCGUUGAUUUUGACCGGACUAGAUCUGUAUGUCGUCAAUAAAAAUGGAAAAGUUAGCAGUCAAGUUGUAGGAUUAGCUCCGGUAGCUGGUAUGUGUACUGUGACUAGUAGUUGCACUGUAAAUGAAGGAAGGCAUUUCGAAAGCGUGUAUGUCGUCGCCCACGAAAUUGGUCACAAUUUAGGCAUGCGUCACGAUGGUCCACUAGCAGAUAAUGGUUGCGAUCCCACCGCUUACAUUAUGAGUCCUACCCUCGGAAGUGGAAAAAUAACUUGGUCCCAAUGCAGCAGAAACUAUUUACAAAAGUUUCUUGACACAUCACAAGCUAGAUGCUUAUUAGAUCAUGGUAACUCAGCAGGACAAUUGGAUCACAGCGCAGAAGGGAUUCUUCCGGGUGAAAGAUUUGACGCAGAUCAACAAUGUAUGCUCAAAUAUGGUCGCGGAAGCAGACAUUCUGGUGCGCAGAAUUUGGAAGAUGUUUGCAGAGAUUUACAUUGCCAAAGAGAAAGGUAUACUUGGACAUCGCACCCUGCUCUAGAAGGGACUAGAUGCGGUGAAGAUAUGUACUGCAGGGGUGGGGAAUGUGUGGAGCGGGGAGGUGCGAGGGGUAUAGGCGUGGUUGGCAGCGCGAGUUGGGGACGCUGGUCUAGAUGGUCUGAAUGCGCGUCCUCUUGCCUACUGGACGACGAACACGCCCCCGCCGCUGCCGGGGUCUCGAUAGCAAACAGGAGAUGUACUAGACCAAGGCAUGAUAAUGGGAAGAAUUACUGCCAAGGUCACGAUAAAAAGUACCAGUCGUGUCAUGUUACGUGUAAGAAUGUGCCAAGAAUGACGGUGAGGGAAUUCGCCGAUCAGAUCUGCGUGAGAGCUCGCGAUGUGGAUCCGGAUUUAAUUGGAACUGGUCUGCAGAGGAUGGACGUUGAUGAUGCAAGCAGCGCAUGUGCGGUAUGGUGCGACACGCGCGGCGGUGGAUAUAAAUCACGUGGGUGGACUCUACCUGACGGAACUGCUUGUUCGUCACUGUCUUCAAAAUUUUGUAUCGCUGGUAUUUGUCGGAAAUUUAGUUGCACAGUCAACGCAGAUACGGAGUUUUCUCUCACACCGGGAGAAUGCGAAUGGGAAGCUAUGCAAGUUCAGAGUGUUACGCAGCACACUACUUCAACGAAAACAUCUGGCACAUGGCGUAGGGCCGUGGGGGCUCAAUGGCGUCCAAGCAGCGGUUGUCACUAUCGUUGCAUCCUGGGUGGUACCGGCCUACGGCUUGUGAGCUCGACCUCACGGCGAACCAUUCAGUUAUGCCAACCCGAUAGAGAGCGAAUGCAUUCGGGUUGCAGUCAAUUGAUGUCACCGUACCAAUACGCUACAAUGGUCUGUUCUAAGUACAAGGAGAGAGUCAGAAGACUGUCGGGAUUGGGCAUGCAGAUAUCACCGGCAUUAGAGGAUCCGGACCGUCCGUGCCGCAUUGCGUGUCAAGACGAACGCGUGGCGCAUCGGUUCUACCUCGUCAACGGGCACGAUGGCUGGUUUCCCUUGGGCACCUCGUGUGGUCGAGCUAAUAACUCUUACUGCGUUAGCGGGAAGUGUUUGGAAUUCGGUCCCGACCAAACCCCAUUGUCGGAAAUGGUGUUUACGCUGCCCUUACUGAACCGCAACAGCACUAGUGAAGACAACCGGCGUUCUUCACGUCACCGAAGAAGUUUGUAUAGAGACAGGAUAACUGUCAAAGCCACAUUAGACAGACAACAUUUGGAUGAAAUCAUUGCAAGGCUAAAUUUUACAGAUAACACAAAUGGUCACAUAACAUACUUCCAAGGUAUACCAGAAAACGUAGAAGUGGACUUCACGAACCCCAUUCAUAUAUCACCAGAAGACACAAUAUACAGGAAGAUACCUAGACCUACAUGGGAUUAA